AGGUUGGAAAGAACGUUGUUCUCAAAUACUGAGAAAUUUGGACUUUUGAACGGUGUCCUACGUAAAGGAACUGAUAGUUGUAGGUUCCUUGCAAUUAUUUUUUUGGUAUUUGUACCUCGUACUUUUUCUGUGGUCUUUAAUCAAGAAACACCAUGAGCACAACUCAAAGAAAGCGCCGUGGAGGAGCAGUUAAUUCAAGGCGAGCUCAGAAACGAAAUAGGCUGAUGGCUUCUACUGCAGAAAUGGCUUCUUCAGAAGCAGAGCCAAUAGAAGUUGAGGAAAGUGCUGGUGAAGAAGUUGUAGAUCUCACAUGUGAGUCUUCUGAUCCUGUAGUCGUUGACCUAACACACAAUGAUUCUGUCGUGAUUGUUGAAGAGAAUCAACGACAAAGGAGAAAUCUUAGGCUAAGAAGCCAGCGACAGUCAGACAGCUGUGUACUGAGUAGUGAUGAUGAAGAUGAAACAAGAGACAAUGAUGUGUAUGUGACAGAUAAAGCAACUCAAGAAUUUGGACCACUGGAAGAUGAAACUGCAGGUUCAAAGCCGUCUGGUACUGUCAGCUGUCCCAUUUGCAUGGAUGGCUACUCAGAGAUUGUGCAAAGUGGACGACUGAUUGUGUCAACCAAAUGCGGCCACGUCUUCUGCAGUCAGUGCCUCCGUGAUUCCCUUAGGAAUGCCACCUCUUGCCCAACCUGCCGGAAGAAACUCACUCACAGACAGUAUCAUCCCAUUUAUAUAUGAGUACUUGUAUUUCUCAGGACAGACUCAAAUGGAUUUUGGGGGAAAUGCCAUGCUUUCAGUGCUCUGAACGUUUGAGGAUCAGCAAGUUGUGCACACAUGUGAUUAAAACCGAUUUUUU